GGAGAAGUUCAAAAGGGAACAAACAUGGCCAGCAGUCACAGACUCCAAUAGCUCGUCCUUCUUCAAGAGCAGGAAUAGGGCUGACUGCAAGGCCUACCUCUUCAUCAAGGACUCCAUCAGCAACCAGAAUAGGAACAGGGAUGCCUCCUAGUACAUCAAGACCCAGUUCUCGUGGUGGUUGCUCAACUACUGGAGGAGUGUUAUCAUCUCAGAUUAAGGUUACAGACCGUCCAGUGACUCAGCAGGGAUUAAGCGGAAUGAAAACUGCAAUGAAAGGUCCUCAGAGACAGAUAAUGGAUAAAACGUAUUACCUUGGACUGCUGAGAAGCAAAACAAGUGAACUCACAACAGAAAUUAACAAGCUGCAGGAAGAAGUAGAAAUGUACAAGCAAGAGAAAUCUGUCUAUUUGUCGUAUGAAAAAAGGGCAGAGGCUUUAGCUGGUGAAAUCAAAGAAUUUCAAGGUCAGCUAGCGGACUACAACAUGGUUGUGGAUAUACUGAACACCAGUAUGGAUAUGGCAGAAGUGAUUCGAGAUUACAAUGUGUUAAAGGUUCAGAAUGACCGAGAUGCUCAGAGCGUGGAUAAAAUUUUCACAGAAAGACAAGCCACAGAAAAGUUAAUUCAAGCUGUAGAAGAAGAUAUUGAACAUGAAAAGGUUGUAGCAGAUGACAUAAUAAAAGACAUGUCGCAGGAAAAACAAGCUAAAUAUAUGGAGAUGAAGGCUGCAAAUGAAAAACUCUCCCAGGAAUUGGAUGCACUAAAUGUAAAGGAGGAGGCUCUAAGAGCUGAAAUAGCACACUCCCAAGUGAAACAGGAGGCUGUGCAGCUGUGUGAAAAGCUCCAUGAGCUUGAGGAACGUCGAGAUCAAAUGAUUUCUGAGGAUAAGAACAUGGAAUCUCCACAGGAGGAAAGAGAGAGAUUACUAAAGCAGGUUAAGGACGAUAGUCAAGAAAUAGCAAGCAUGGAAAGACAGCUGACAGAAGUAAAAGAGAAAACAAACCAUUUUAAAAAGGUCAUUCAACGACUUGAUAUGGAUCUGGAGAAUUAUCAAGGAGAGGAAAAUUGGAAAUACAAGGAGCUGAAGAAGAAGGAAGAAAGCAUGGACAAUUUUCUUGAGACUUUUGAAGAGGUGAAAAAUCAGGAAUUGGAACGAAAGGCCCAAACAGAAGCCAACAUUGUUGCACUUCUGGAGCACUCAAGCAGGAAUGUGAAUCAUAUGAAACAAAUUUCAUCUGUUACCAAUCAAGAGCUGAAGAUUAUGCAGGAAGACCUCACUUUCAAAUCAAAUGAAAUGCAGAAAUCACAGAGCACUGCUAAGAAUCUGCUUACAGAGAGUCAAAAACUGCAGAUGGACCUACAGAAGAUGGAACUCUUGGAGGGCAAGAUGGUUGAUGAACUGGCUUCUCUUAAAGACAAAAUUGAACAAACAAAAGUGGAGUUGGAGGUCUAUGGUAAUUUGCCAGCUCUGAAAGCAUCAGGAGAAGAGAAGAAAAAGAGACUCCAGGAUGACAAAGAAAAAUUAACAAAACGUAGCCAUGCUUUCAAAAAAAUAAUGGAACACUUGAAUACAGAGUAUGAGACAGUAAAGAAAGAACUGCAAGAGAAUGAGACACAUUCUCAGCUUACAAAUUUGGAGAGGAAGUGGCAGCACCAUGAGCAAAAUAACUUUAUGAUGAAGGAAUUCAUAGCAACAAAAACUCAGGAGAGUGACUACCAGCCAGUAAUGAAGAACGUUAGAAAGCUGGUCACAGAAUACAACAAAGCUCUCAUAGAAGCUUUACAGAACACCAAGAACUGA